GUCAAUCUUGCCCAUGCGACCACGUGUAUUAAGCGGUCAUUUGUACUAAACGACCAUUUUGAAAUCCUCCCGUCGAUAAUCCCUAUAUAAUUGCGUUGUGCUCAACGACUUUUGUCUUACGCGACCAGCGGCCAUUCAAAGGCGGCAAAUUUAUUGAUCUUUUUUGCUUUAAGCGACCGUAAAAUAAUAAUAUAUCACAAAUUGUCACUAAUUUGUAUAAUAAAGGUCGACAUACAAUAGGUGCGAACGUCUGUAAACAAGUGCUAAUUGCCAUCCGCUUAAAAACUGUAAAGUAAUAACCAUGCAUUAUCGACUAAUUAAAACCGCCUUCAAUGACCGCAUGCAGCCAAUCACGAUUAAGCUUUCUAUUUACGGUUAGCGUGAAGGACCGCCUUUUUUCCUCUGCUCUGUGUGAUUUAACCUUGUGUAGACUUUUAUGUCAGCAUAUUCUUUUUACAUCUUAACAUAUUGUCGGUGUUGUACAAAUUAAUAAUACGUCGUAUAAAAAUUGGAUUAUUUUGUGAACAGUGAUAAAUAGCUAACAUUUGGAUUAUUUACUGUAAAAUAAUGUCGAAACGUAAAGUGCUGACUUUGGACGAACGCGUCCGUGUAUUGGAACUGUCAAAAAAUAAAAGUGCUCGAAAAAUAGCCGAUGAACUAGGUGUUGGGAAAACACAAAUACAAAACAUUCUGAAAAGAAAGGCGGAAGUAUUGGAGGAUGUGGAAAAUAACGUUUCUGGGCACCGAAAACGUCCGAGACACACAACUGGAAAUGAGGACAUAAAUGACCUUGUGUUCAAAUGGUUUACAGAUGUAACCGCCAGAAGAAUGCCUGUGUCUGGUCCGCUUCUGCAGGCACAAGCUCUAAGAUUUGCUCAAGAGUUGGGUGUUGAAACAUUCAAAGCAUCAACUGGGUGGUUAGCGUCUUUCCUUAAGAGAAAUAAUAUUGUGUUAGGGACUAUGUCUGGUGAAAGGGGAGAUGUUGACAAUGAUGUUGUGAAUGACUGGAAGUCAAAGCUACCAAAUAUCUGUGCUGGAUACCAUCCAAAAGACAUAUUCAACAUGGACGAAACAGGGUUAUUCUACAGAGAUACAACCAGGAAGUCCUACCAUUUGAAAGGAGAUGAGCUAGCCGGUGGGAAGCGCUCUAAAGAGAGAAUAACGGUAGCAUUGUGUGCUUCCAUGUCUGGUGAAAAGCUUAAGCCUCUAGUGAUAGGCAAGUCCGCCAAACCGAGAUGUUUCAGCAGGAUAAAACCAGAAAGACUCCCAGUUACAUAUAGAAACAAUAAGAAGGCAUGGAUGACUUCCGAGCUCAUGAUAGACUGGCUAAAAUCGGUUGAUCGUCAGAUGAAAAGGUCAGGUCGUCACAUUCUCAUGUUCUUGGAUAAUGCUCCAGCUCAUCCCAAGGUGACUUUAGACAAUAUCAAGUUAGUAUUUCUUCCUGCUAAUACUACGUCUGUUGCUCAGCCCAUGGACCAAGGGAUUAUUCAAACCCUCAAACUGAAAUACCGUAGUCGUCAGCUUAAAUACAUUCUAAGUCAAAUGGAACAUAGUGAUAAAGUAGGUUCCACAAUUCUUAGGGAGAUAUCAAUUCUUGACGCAAUCUACUGGAUAAACGGGUCGUGGAAAGAAGUUGAAGCUUCUACUAUUCAGAAGUGUUUCGCAAAAUGUGGUUUCACUCAAUUCAAUGUGCAGGUAGAUAAUAUUGACUGUGAUGAUAAAAGUGAUAAUGAUGAUGAUGAUGAUGAGGUGCCACUUGCAGUUCUAAGACUGAGCAAUGAGUUGUUUGGAUGUACAUUUAGUGACUUAGUGGACAUUGAUAAAGCAGUUCCAACAUUUGACUUAAACACUGUUAACUGGGAUAGGAAUGCACGGGAUAUGAUAAAAGAAAUCAGAGACAGUAAUAAUGAUGAUGAUGAUGAUGAUGAUGACAAUGAUGAUAUUCAAGAGACAGGUGCUAUUAUUAGUAUGAGUGAUGCAAAUGAGAUGUUGUAUAAAUUGAAAGAAUUAGCAUUGAGCAAAGGUCAAGACAAAUGGCUCGAAAGCAUAAUGACUUUACAGGACAGUUUUGUGAGUUGUAGAGCUGAGGUUGAUACAAAGCAAUCAAAGAUUAGUGACUUUUUCAAGUUCAUGUGUCCUGUUAACAUACAAGGAGGAUUUCUUAGCAAGAUAAAUGUCGGACUUGCACAAAUAAUAAUACAUUAUAAAGAACAAAAGCAACCUUAUAAGAGACGACCAGGAAAGAAGCGGAAAAAGAAAUGGGAUCUACCUAGUCAUUUAGAGAAUAUGAUGGGUGAAGUGAAUAUGAUAUUUGCUCAAGGAAAACAUGAGGAAGCUAUCAACCAGUGUCUAGAAAUUAUCAGACUUGCUCCAAAUGCAAACAAGCCAUUUCAGACAUUAGGAAUGAUAUACGAAGAUAUGGGAGAUAUGCAGAAAGCAUUACAGUAUUCAUUGAUAGCAGCAUAUCUAGCUCCGUAUGAUAGUGAGGAAUGGGCAAAACUGGCAGAAAUGUGUCUUGAACAGAAUGAUAUUGGCCAGGCAACGAAGUGUUAUACUCAGGCAAUCAAUGCAAAUGGAGAGAACAAGAUUGACUGUAUCUGGGAGAGAGCCAGGUUGUACGAGACGUUGAAAGAACACAAGAAAGCUCUUGAUGGAUAUCUGAUGUUGCUGCCUUUAUUACCAAAAUCUGACUCCGAGAGGUACCUGAAGUUAGCAUGGGGCAUCACCAGGAGUUUUUAUGAGCAAGGAGAGAAAAAGCGUGCAAUAGAUACAAUGAUGAAGGCAUUUACAGACCAUCCAGAUCAUAUAACAUCUGAAGAUGUGAAUUUAUUGUUGGAGAUUUUGAUACAAGAAAAGAAGUAUCUGGAAAGUCUAAAGAUAUUUGUAGAGCAUUGCGGUGUCAGUUUCACAUUUCCAGGAGAGAAAAAAUGGUCAAAUACACACAACUUGCCUAUAAAAGAGGUCAAGGAAAGUAUACCAACAAGAUGUUCUGUACCAGAUAUGUUACCAAUAGACCUUAGAAUCAAGUUGGCUGUUUGUAUGAUACAUUCAGAAUACAUCAAAAUUGUGCAGGUGGUGAUAGAACCAUUGUUUGAGGAAGAUAUCGAGGUUAUGGGAGAUUUGUACCUGGAUACAGCCGAGGCCUACAUGGAUAAAGGUUAUUAUAAACAAGCACAACCAUUACUGGAAAUGUUGGUUAAGUCACAAAACUACCAUCUUGCUGCUGUGUGGUUACGGUAUGGUGAAUGUUUGAACAAUGUAGGAGAUUUGCAUGGGUCAUGUGAGGCUUACACGAGGGUGGUAGAGUUAGCUCCCUCACAUAUCGGGGCUAGAAUGUCCUUGUCAGCCAUUCAACAACAGAUGGGCAAACAUGACGAGGCAUUAGAACUUUUACAACAUGAUGAUGGAGAACAGAGAAAAAUGAGCAAAGAGGCAUGUAUAUUAUUUCUACUUUUAGAACAGCAGAUGUUACUACAGAAAUGUCAUCUUCUUCAUGCUCAGGGAAAACUGGAUGAAUUCCUCGAGACAGCAAAACAAUUAUUGUUUCAUGAGUGGAGGGAGAUAGAGGCAGAAAACAUGAGUUAUUUACAAGCCAUACGGACAUACAAGCACAGAAAAGAUAGCUUGAAAAGUCAUUUCCAGUUUAAGGGAAAAGAUACUAAACUUGUUUCAGGGUUGACGUCAGUGAAGAAGACGUCACUUGCUAUCUCGUUUGCUGAUUUGUGGGAUGUCUUUUUACUGUUAGGUAAAUCACUACUAGAGAAAGGGAGAUUUACAGAGUUUGAAGAUGUUACGUUACUCGGUAUGCUGUGUCCGCUAUUCAAUCAAGAUGAAAAUUUGUUAGCUGAUUUUGAGUGGUUUAUACUAAACGCUGCUAUAAUAUCGGGAAACCAACUACGUUCCUAUGCUUUUGGUAGACAAAUAGUUCUAGAUAAUUUGGAGUCGCCUCAAGCGUGGAACAUGUUUAUGCAGGUGAUAAUGGUGUGCAAUGAUCAGAGACAUAACAGGUUCUGUCUACGAAAAAGUAUGACUGAGCCAAACAACAUAAUUUUGGGCAUCAUGAACGGGCACAACUCAAUGGCUUCUGGAACAUACAAACAUUCACUAGGUGAAUAUGCCAAUGUGUUUAGAAGAACUCCUACAGAUCCAAUGCUUAGUCUCUGUAUUGGAUUAGAUUUCAUACAUUGUGCAUCACAGAGAUUUGCUGCUAAACGACAGUAUCUUAUUACACAGGGUUUGGCAUUUUUGAACAAUUACAUCGAGCUUCGUGGAGAAUGCCAGGAAACAUACUACAAUAUGGCAAGAGCCCUGCAUCAAAUAAACAUCUUGUAUGCCGCAGUUCAUUACUACAAGAAAGCCUUGGAAUAUCCACCAUGUGUUGGAGAUAGGAGGGGAAUGUUUGACUUGACGAUGGAGAUAGCCUACAACAUGGCCUUGAUCUACCAAAACAGUGGAGCCAUUGAUUAUGCCAAAUACUUACUGUACAAGUACUGUGUCAUCUGAAGAGAUUGAAGAAAAAAACUAACAACAAAAAACAAUAUAUGAAAUUUAUCUCAUAAACUUGAUAACCCUUACUGCGAGGAGAGUCGGGUUAAAAGCUAUUGGUCUGUAACAGAGAACUUUGGAGGAACUGUUACUACUAGAUCAGGAUUUUGAAAGUUCUGUUUUUGAGAGUUCUGUCGACGGACUGGCGAAUGGAAUAGUAAGAGAUCAAUGGAAAAAUUCUUAAGGACCCAGGUGAUUCUUUAAAAGGAGCAGAGACAGACAGUAAGAGUUAAUGACAGUGUGGCCGGAAUAAUGGGAGAGUAUCCUAACAUUUCUUGUCGAGAAUUAAGAACAGAAUAAUUUAGUUAAGUGACAAUUUGGUUGGUGUUGUGAUUCUAUUAUUAAGUGUAUACAUAUUGAAUGAUAAACAGGUAAAGUGUUUGUAGAAAAGUGUAAUCAAAGAACACAAAAGAACCAAAGUAUCAGCAGACAGGUUUGUCUUUGAAAAGUUCUGAGUUAUGUUUUUGUUAACUGUUCACUCGUUCUUAAGUUUUUAUCCUGAUACACAGUUGUUGAACAGUGAUUUUCAUGUUAUUAAAUGAUAACAUCACUUGAUAUUUUGUAUAGGGGAUGAAAGCCUAGGAAUUUUGAUGAUUUAUCUUCUAAACCUGGCUUUUUACCAAUUUUAACAAAUGUUAAAUUGUUGUGUGCUUUUCCUAUUUGGAAUGAAGUUUGAAACAGAUCACUUAUUUAAGUAAAUGAAAUGAUUAAAAUUGAUCACUAUUUGCUCUCCUUACUACUGGAAAUGGUAAAAAGCCAAGUUUGAUAGAUUAUUAAAAAAUUGAUUAUUGGUGUUGAUAGAUGCCUCGAUGUAAAUGUCUCAAAAAUGAUGAAGAUUAAAUUAUGUACUUACAUUCUUUCUAUUUUAGAAUGAAAACUUUAAAUGAUAACAUGUCUUAUAUAUUAAAGACAAUGAAAGGCAUCUAUGAACAUAAAUUAGAUUUAAAAAAAAAAAAGGAAAAAAAAAAAGAAGAAAAAAAAAGGAAAAAAUAAACUAAGUAAAAAAAACCCCACAAAAUAAUUGAAAAUAACGAAUUUAGGGUUGAUAUUUUGCAAGGAUAUACAUGUAUAAUUAUACAGACUAAAUUAUGUUUUUAAUGUAAUGUAUGAAAGUGAUAAAAUACUUCUGGAUACAGUAUACACAAAAAAAUUCUUGAUACAUUAUACAAACUAUCUUGUUAAGGAUUACUUUUGUUUAUUUGAAACAUGUUUUGUCUGAAUGUAAGGCUCUAUAUAUAUAUAUCAACCCUAUUUCUUUUUCUAUUGAAGUUUUAAGAUUUUCUGUUUUAGUUUUUUGUUAUCAUAGAUCAUAUAUCAUUUUUUGCAAACCAUUUUCUGCAUGUAAUAGUUUCAAAGAAGUGGUGCAUGUAAUUCUUUGAAACAACAUAGGAUUUUUUUAACACAUUUGAUAUAUUGCAUUAUUUUGCUAUAACAAUUAAUACAUAUGCUUAAUAAUGAAUUUUAGAGAUACAGUUAAAGAGUUGAUAUACAGUGCUUUUUUUUAGUUUCAUGGGAAUGAAUGGUGGCUGGUUCCAUGGAAUGCAAACAUUGCAUAGUAGAGUGGAAAAUUUAGAAAUAGAGAAAAACAAUCCAUU